ACAAGUAUUUUCGUAUGACAAUUGCUGCUCCUCGAAAAAGUUUCGAGAUUUGAUGAAUACGCAAAUAUGAUUGGCAUAUUGUGUAAGGCGCCUCUCUGAGGGACUGUAACGAUCGACUCACACACGUAAUGGCGGCCUCUUUUGGAAUUAGAUCAAGCAUACUCCCUCGAAACACACCUCGUGCACUCUCCAUCUACAACCCUUCGACAGUCUUUUCCGGAAGACAACAAUCUCAAUUACCGCCAUGUCGUCGUCCAUUCUCCCAUUCCCAACCCGCUAGGGCAAGAUCUGGAAUGAUGUCCGCCGAAACGAUCAUGCCCAAAUUGCCCCCCGAGAGAAGUCUCAGGAGCAGAUUGAAGGAUAUGGAUCCUGAGAGUAUACCUACCGAUUUUGGAGUUUUGCCGGGUACCUUUAUAAAGCCGGAAGGGAAGGAUAUGCCUUCGUUGUUUUCGGAGCCUAAAGAUCGAUUAAUGAUGGAAUGGGUUUGGAUAAAGACUUGGUUCACGUCGGUUUUUCAAACGAUUCUCUAUCAUAAAUGGUAUUCCAAUCCUCGACAACCACUUAAUUUAGGGGAGCGUAAGAAGAUCGGCAAGGGGCUACAUGAGCUCAUGUACACCGAAUUCGCUCGCGGCAAUGAAAGGUUCCUCCGAGCAAGAUGCUCUCCAGGCCUAGCAAAAGACCUCAUCAGACGCAUCCGCAAACGAAACCCCAAAGAAACCCUCUCCUGGAAUAUAGAAAAAUACAACCGCACCCCAUCCACAUUCUUCACAGGCGUCCGCGUCCUAUCUGACCGCGCAACUGCAAUCCCCGAAUUAGCAGAUUCCGGCAUCCGCCAAAUCAUCCUCCGAAUCACCAGCCAACAACGCUCCCAAAAGUUAACCGUAAUAGAAGAAAAUGGUCAAGCCAUUGACGCACUUCCCAAAAUUCAGGAUUGUACAGAGUACGUCGUGAUACAGAAAGUGAGGAUUAUGGGGAAGGAGAAGGAGUGGGAGAUUUGGGGGUUUACGAAACCGACGACGCUGGAAGAGUUGGACAGUCCGUUCUUCGCGUCAGGAAUGUCGCUCAAGGAUAGGUUGCAGGCUAUGCAGGAUAGGCUGAGGUCGUAACCUUUUCCUCUCUGGGUGGUAGGUUGGGAAACAUUCCGUUCUGAUUAUGUGCUUUACUACCUUUUUAAAUCAUGUAUAUUAUACAACUUCUCCCUGGAAUUAUAGAAUUGUAAAAUAACAAAUCUGUUCGCCGAAAUGAUGAGAUGAGAUCUAUUGAGUGGAAUACCUAUAUACAUCAAAAACUUAUAUACACCAACGGAAAUAUAUGUACACAUCACGAGACCUCUUCUCUUCCUCUCAAAUCAGCCCUCUUAAUCCUCCUCUUCCUAAUACUCCCAUCAACCCAAAUCACACACGGCACAACAGUCACACCACUCAACAACCCCAGCGUCCACGUCGCCGUCCCCCAUCCAUAAUUCUGCUUAAUCAUCCCUGCCCAAACAGGUCCUAUAAGCGUGCCCGCCGCAAAAGCCAUAUUAAAUAAUCCAUAAGCCUGCGCAUAUGCUCCGCCCUUUCCGAAUGACCCCAGAGGUCGCGAUUGUUCCUUUGCGGCUACUAUAUGUGUGAUUUCGGCCAUGAUGACUGGGAAACUUAACGUCAUUGCUAAGCCGAUGAAGACGAGUAAUACGACGAGGGAUACUUUUUGGCCAAUGGUGUUGUGGGUUAUGAGUCGGAGGAGGAUGAACAUGGGACAUGCGAGUAGAAAACCGGCACCUGCGAACCAGCGUCCGCCGUAUUUGUCGCCUAGAAAUCCGACUAAGGGGGAUAUGAGGGUGGGGAUGACGAUGGUGAGAUAGAGAAUGCCGGAUUGAAGGGAGCCCCAGGAAAAGACUUCGUUGACGAAUAAGGGGAGAACCGAGUCGAAGGAGGCUACCAGGGUGGCUUGGACGAUGCUGGCGAAGAGAGCUGCGAGAAGACGCCGGGAUGCGAGGAGAGUAAAGACUGCGGGGAGUUUUUGUGUGAAUGUCUUUCGUGCGGGCCGCCUUGGUGUUGAACUUUGUACUGAUUCGUCAGCUGGGGGGCUAUUGUCCUCGAUUCGAGUUGGCUCUUUCGUCUCAGGUUCAUGCUCAGGUUCUACGGGGAGAUCCUGACUAAGAUCCUUCUUCUCCACGAGGACAAUCCGUAGCACAAAAUCCAUUCCAAUGAAUGCAUAACACAAUGCCCAAACACCAUUAUACCCGGUCCUCUCAUACAAAACCCCACCAAGCAAGGGACCAAGCAUGAAUCCGGAAGUCAUCCCCAGACUGACAUACCCCAUAUAUUGAGCCAACAUCUCCCGGGGCACGGUAUCAGCUAACAAUGCAAGCCCCACAACCCAGACUACUGCAGCGCUGAUACCUUGCAACAGACGCCCGACGACAAAGACAGCUACACUGGUAGCGACGUUGAGCAUGACGGUUGCGCCGAGGAGAGCUGCUAGGCCUAGUAGAAGGGGGAGACGGCGCAUGGAGACUGUGUCCGAGAACCAGCCACAUAUUG